GUGUGUGUCUCUCUGUAGUCAUGUUGUGUCUCUCUGUAGUCAUGUUGUGUGUCUCUGUAGUCAUGUUGUCUCUCUGUAGUCACGGAGUGAGACCUCUUCAUUGUUUCCCUCAGAGAGCCUGAAUUCUACAGUAAUAGAAGAUCUUUGAUUGAGAGGUCCGUCUCUGUGAUCCUUCCCUCCGUCACCGGAACAAUAAACUGACACUGAUGCUUGAAUGUGAGAGUAAAGAAGGAUCUUCUACAAAACAAAACAAACACGAGUUAAAUAUAAAUCUGUAAAUCACAGUUUUAUUCUGAUAUAAAUUAGUUUCUGAUUUUAAAACAACAGCAGCAGCGCUCUUGAGUUCCGAGCUAGUUUGUUUCUACCCGGUCACUUUCCGCAGACGGACUGAAGCAACAUGACAGCAGCGGGUGAAAACAUGAGUGUGAAUGUGGCUGAAGAUGAAAACAUGAGUGUGAAUGUGGCUGAAGAUGAAAACAUGAGUGUGCGCGUGUCUAAAGGAGCAGAAAGUGACGAAGAGGUCAAACUACAGGUGCUAAAAGGUGCAGCGUUUCUGACCACAGUGGCGUCAGUGGGGAUGAUUGCAGGAUUUGGAUCCACGUUGGCGCUGGCCAAGAAGAAAAGCCCAGGCUGGUUCAGUAAGGGAGUUGCAGGGACGGCGGCGGCCCCCGAGAGCGGAGCGUCUCUGGCCCUCAGAGCUCUGGGGUGGGGCUCUCUGUACGCCUGGUGUGGAGUCGGCCUGCUCAGUUUCACAGUGUGGAAAGUCCUCGGCGUUCACAGCUUGUCAGAGUUCAGACAGAAGAUGCAGUCCUUCUUCCCGUCCAUCCCAAAGACCCCCGAGGCUGCAGCUGGACCUGAACCUCUGGACUGGGACUCGGUCUUCAAGUCAAAGUGACCUGCAGCUGGAGGACGAAUCAGCGAGUGGACACAGAGACUGAAACAAUCGCUGACGUGUUCCUAAAGAGACUGAGCAGAGACCGGAGAAUCCUCCGGACCAGUUUGUUCCCAGUCUGGUUCCCAGUCUGGUUCCCAGUCUGGUUCCCAGCAGCCCUCCUGGGUGAAGAUGGUCGUGUAUAUUUGUAAAGACGUGCGUUUGAUUUUGUGUCUUGGUUUGUUUUAUUUAUGAACUUUGUGUGAAGAAAUAAAUGAGACAUUAAUUUAAGAGCAGCAGAACUGAGAAUAAGUCUGAUCCUGUCUGAUCGGAUUCGAGACAUCGGUCCAGUUUCAUAAAGGUCAGAGGUCACGAUGACACUAUGGAGGCAGAUUUUUCAGCCUGUUGAUGUUUGACCGAAGGUGAAUUCGUGAAGCUCUUCCUGUUUUCGCAUCACUUGACUCUGUCGGCAGGACGUCCUGGACGGUGGAGUUAAAAUAAAAUGUAAAAACUCAGCGGUUCAGUUUUUGUAUAUUUUACAGCAGUGAUUCUUGUUUCAGCAGCCACAGCUGGAAAGACUUGAAAUACUUCACAAUUUACAUGUUAACAAAACUGUUAGCAUGCUAAGAUUAGCUGUGCUGUCACAGCUAACACGCUAACUGUUGCUAAGUGCUCAGUGUCACAGUAAGACGUGCGGUAGCAGAAAGAAACAAAGCACAUGUACUCAGUUACUAAGGUUAGUACAGUUUAAAAGUUCAGUUAGUUUUUAUUUUAUUUUAGUUUUGACUUUUACAAAGUCAAAGGUUUUCAGCAAAGUUUAGUUUUCAGAGACGUACAGUGUCUCAGGUCUCGUUCUUCUGAGCUAAACACAUUUUGAGAGCGUUCACACUGAACACUACGGAGAAAUGCAGUGCAUCACUGACGCACUCAAAACAAUCCAAAAUUUGAGUGUGGAAUGACGGACACGCCUCAUCCUCAACAGUCGCCAUCUUUAUGAGGUAGCGGAGGCUACCGUUAGCUUGCUAACUAAAAUUAGAAUCUACUAGCUUGUUAACUUUCUCCUAGCUAUGGCAGAAAAUUUCAGUCAGCAUUGACGUUGUAGAGUAAGUUUGUUUUAUGUGUGUGCAGAGACAGCAGUCAAAUGUUAGCGAUGACACUCCACCGUUCAUUUGCAGUUCAGAGUGUGAUUUGAGAAACAGUGGAAGUCACACAGUAGUUUUAGUUUGCCUUCGUCAGGACCGCACGGAGCCCACAACGUUUUUUUUUUUUUUUUUUAAAUCUUGUGGGCACAAAAUGUGUCCCCACAGGAUGUGCAGCCUGUGGAUCCUUCUAUGUAAAGCAGACUUUCUGUUGCUGCUGUUACAUUUAAACACGUAGCUGAGAUCAUUUUUGUCUCAAUUGUGGUCUGAAACAAUAAAUCUGUCAAAUUCAGUGUUGCACAUCGCUUCAGUUCCUCCUGCUGCUAAAAAAAAAGCCCUGACGUUGGAGGAAGCACUGACAUGUUAAAUAUGUUGUGAUGUUGUUUCAGUUGGCUAAUGUUAGCUAACGUUCACUUGCAUCUUAAUGUGGUCAGAGCUAAUGUAGCUAAAUACUGUUGAGUAAUUAACAUCAUUUAAUUCAUCCAGACUCCAGAGCUGAUCUGUAAAUUAGCUGUUUGCAAAUUAUUUUAUCAGCCGACAUUAUGAAGCAACAAACACCAGAUCAAUGCAGCGUAGCUCAGUUACAGCUAGCUUAGCUAACUUAGCUUGCUUGCUUAUGUUGUCACAAGCAAAAUACAACCUGAGUGGACACGUCAGUUGGCUCCCAAAUUACUUCACCAGCUGACGUGAUCCCUGACACUAAUUCAUGUGCUAUGACAAACAAUAAAUGAUAUAAUGAAACAAAGUGCUUUCUACUGGCCUAUCACCUGAGCUAAUGUUAGCCAGCUAGCUGUAACUUAGCUCCUCCGCGUGGAGGAGUUCUAAAUAUGACAGUGAUUUAUGUUCGAGCAUUCUGUCAACAUGACAACGGUGAGACACGGUUAGUGUCACGUCACGUCACUGUUUCGGCUGAUGUCCAGGUGGGUCAGUGAACGCUACAUGGAGGAACUUUAACUCUAUUUAAUCAUCCUCUGAAUAUAAACGUGUUUUUAUUGUUCAACGUCCAAAUUUGGUUCAUUAUCGCUGUCCUGAGUGAUGCGUUCAAGAACGUCUCAAAUUUUAAAGACUGAAAAUCAGCUGGAAAAGAAAACUGUUUUUCUGUGCUGUGUUGUUAAAACGCAUUCUGGGAAAUGUAGGAAAUGAAAGCAGAGGAGGCAGGUUAGUUUACCAGGAGGAGUGUUGUCGAUCACAGACAGGUGAGAC